GUAGUCGCAAGACCAUUAUGAGCAAGCUUAAGUGCAUGGUCAAAGUGCAUGCUCAUCUCACUACUUCAUUCUACAAAUAGAAUGAUAUUUAUAUAGUUCUAUAGAUUGCUAUUUACCCUGAUCCCAACAAUCUAAGGAAGCUUUUAGCUUUGUCAGGGUCCUUAGAUAUUGACGAAUCACAUUAUAAUUGUUAACUUAAACUUCACUAAGCCGCAUUUUGUUUCACUAUUACCCCAGAUAUAUUUCCGUAAUAAUAGAGAUCUGGAUAUCUUACCAGACAUACAUACAUAUAUACAAACUCAUAUAUAUAACCAUAAUGAAUACAAAGUGGUUAUUCAUAUACUUAACAUGGAUGACUUUGGUUCUCCCUAUACAUGCAUUCACAUUCAGAUGGCCAUGGAGCAGUAGUUCCGGAAAUAGUACUAGCUCAUCCCAAACGGCAUCAGCUACUAUAUCCGAUUCACCUUCACAAACACAAAAUUUAGUGGUUCAAUCCAAUGGUAGUACAUCUACAUUAAAUGCGUAUGCUCCUUAUAAUACUUCAUGUCCAAGUGGACCAUUAGUCAGGGAAGCUAAAGAAAUAUCUGAUCAAGAAGUUGACUAUAUUCAAUCACGUCAUGCUAUAACUAAUGAGAAUCUUAUUAAUUUCUUAACCAACAUAUCCAAUUUGACUGGAUUUGAUGCUGAAAGUUUUAUAAAUGAUCAUGCUGGUCAACAUAAUAUUACUAUUGGAUUAGCCUUUAGUGGGGGUGGAUAUAGAGCCAUGUUAAAUGGUGCUGGUCAAAUUUUAGCUCUAGAUGAUAGAUAUGACCUAUCUAAUACAGAAGGAUUAGGAGGUUUAUUACAAAGCACCACUUAUCUUUCUGGUCUUUCCGGUGGUAACUGGUUGGUAGGCCUGUUGGUUUUAAAUGAUUGGAUUUCAGUUGUAAGCAUUCUUAAUAAUACUGCCGGAAUAUGGAAUUUGGAGAACUCAAUCUUUAAUCCAGCUGGAAUCAAUGUUUUUGAAACUUUAAGUUAUUAUGAUGGUAUUCAAGAUGCUAUCGAAGCUAAAAAUGAUGCCGGAUUUGAAACUUCUAUUACUGAUAUAUGGGGAAGAGCUUUAUCAAAUCAAUUUUUCCCAGGAAGUUAUGGUGGUGAAAAUAUAACUUGGAACUCUAUACAAAACCUUUCAAACUUUGUCAAUCAUGAAAUGCCAUUUCCUAUGGUAGUUGCAAAUGGUAGAACUCCAGGAACUAUGAUUAUUAAUGAAAAUUCCACUGUAUUUGAAAUCAAUGCAUGGGAAUUAGGUUCGUGGGAUCCUUCAUUGAAUAGUUUUGUUAACAUUAAAUUUAUUGGUACAGAAAUGUAUAAUGGGAAACCUAAUACUUCAGAAUGUGUUGUUAAUUUUGAUAAUGCCGGAUUUAUAAUGGGAACAUCUUCAUCAUUAUUUAAUCAAGCUAUUUUACGACUUGGAGGUACAAGUUUGAACUCGGCUUUAAAGAGUGUAUUGAAUUCAAUAUUGGGAAUAGUCAGUUAUAACAAAGACGAUAUUGCUGCAUACGAACCAAAUCCAUUUUAUGGAGUCGAAUUUGCUGGAUCAGACUCUAUUGUACAAGACAGGACGCUUUUCUUGGUUGAUGGUGGAGAAGAUCAACAAAAUGUUCCAUUUUAUCCAUUAAUUCAACAGACUCGUGAUGUUGAUGUUAUUUUUGGAUUUGAUAACUCUGCUGAUACCAGUAAUAAUUGGCCAAAUGGUACUUCAAUAAUGAUGACUUAUUUGAGACAAUUUUCACCUCAAGGUAAGGGAACACCCUUCCCAUAUGUUCCUGAUGUUUCAACAUUCAUCGAACAAGACUUGAAAUCUAAGCCUGUAUUCUUUGGAUGUGAUUCGCUGAAUUUAACUGCAUUGAUUGAUUAUCAUGGAAAUUCAAAUAUUAAUGUUACAGAUAUUCCUUUAGUAGUUUUGAUAUCUAAUACCGAAAUUGCAAGUCAAUCUAACUUUUCAACAUAUAAGAUGUCCUAUAACGAUGGUGAAGUAUUAAAAGCUAUAGAAAAUGGGUUUUCUGUUGCUUCACAAAUAAACUCCACUUCCCAGUGGCAUACCUGUGUUGGAUGUGCUAUCAUUAGAAGACAACAAGAAAGGUUAGGUAUUGAACAGUCGGAUGAAUGUAAGCAAUGCUUUCAGCAAUACUGUUGGAAGGGUGGAUUAAAAGAUGCAGCACAACCCAAUGUGAAUCUCACUGCAUACGAAGUGUCCAGUGGCUCUUCAUCGUUAACUUCCUUACCUGGUAGUGCCAGGACAUUAUCUACAUCUACAUCUACAUCUACAUCUACAUCUACAUCAACAUCAACAUCAUCUACGUCAUCAACUACUAAACAUAACGAAGGGCCACAUACAGUCCAUGCCAAUGUAAUUCUAUCAUUAUUAGCAUUUAUCAUAUCGUUUGUAUUAUACAUUUAAAUUAGAUAACAUAAAAUUCUCUAACUUAUAGAUGUUAUAUAUGCACAUAGUCAUAAUUAAAAAAAAAAUUGCAACUAUUACCUCAUUGGGGUCAACUAUUGCGGUAUGGGUCCAUCUCUCAAACUUACUUAAGUACAGUACUAAAAAAAAAAUUGUUGCGAGAGAAGAGCAUCUUG